UUGGCUCAUUUGCAGCCCUAUGCCUAUAUACUCCCAAGUCCCAACCGAGCCCCAGCUCUCCACCUAACCCAAAUUCCUCCCUCCUUUGAAAAUUUACCUUUCCGCCUUUCCCCUUUUUACUUUCUUCAAUUCUCCCUAAGCGGAGUCCUAAUUCUCGCUGUCUAGUAUAGCUGUAGUAUUGCGUCGGUUGCUGCAAUCUAGGGUUUUCAGGGUUCUUCGAGAAGAUGGACAUCGAGCAGAAACAAGCAGAAAUGAUCGAUCACUUCAUGAAGCAAGCUUCUUCACUUAAGGGUUCAGCAAUUACUCCCCUUGUUCUGGAGGCUACUUCCAACCCUUCCCUCUUUGCCUUCUCAGAGAUUCUCGCCGUGCCCAGUGUCACCGAGCUUGAAGGGACUGAGAAUGCCACGCUGCUUGAUACGCUUCGGUUGUUUGCACAUGGCACAUGGAGUGAUUACAAGGGUAAGCAAUUGGGCACCUCCAUCGAACUUAAAUCUUCUUUGCUUUCUGUCUUUCGCAGUGGUGGUGAAAUGUUGUUUAUUGACAGGUAAUAUGGCUCGUCUUCCUCAGUUGGUUCCUGACCAAAUACUUAAGCUGAAGCAACUUACUGUCCUUACGCUGGCUGAAUCAAACAAGGUGCUUCCAUAUGACCAGCUAAUGCAGGAGUUGGAUGUUACUAAUGUCCGUGAACUUGAAGAUUUCCUCAUUAACGAGUGUAUGUAUUCGGGAAUUGUCAGAGGAAAGCUUGACCAGUUACGAAGGUGCUUUGAGGUACAAUUCGCAGCUGGGAGAGAUCUAAGGCCUGGACAGCUUGGGAAUAUGUUGCAUACUCUGUCGGACUGGUUGACUACAUCUGAUAACCUCUUAGUGUCUAUCCAAGAGAAGAUCAAGUGGGCUGAUACAAUGAGUGAAGCGGACAAGAAGCACCAGAAGGAUGUAGAAGAUAGGGUAGAAGAAGUGAAGAAGACUCUUUCCCUCAAGGUCAGUUAAGUCCAAUUUUAUUGUUCCAUGUACAAUAAUACGAAUGCCAAAUGGGCUCGGCAUAGUGCAAAAUCUGGAUAACCGAAUUCGAGACCUUAUUUGGUGAAGGUUCUCUCAGUAGUUGUUUGGAGAAAGGGCUAUUGUGAUUCUGUAGCUUGUGAGAGUUACUGAUAUGUUUUCAAAUCUACUUAUCAUGAUAAUGGUUGUCAGUUGCUGUUGUAGCAGAACGAUAAAAUUAAGAGCUUGAUUGCAGUUAUGAUAACAAUAGACAACUUAUUCCUAAUUAUUCAGUUGUGUGGGGUAUGUUGGUCGAUGUGUCUUACUUACAUUGUGGCAGAAGCUACACCCUGUAAGCAGGCAGAUGCUGACUUCCGAGGGCAUGAGGAGAUCUACUCUGAACCGGGUGGAGUGAUGGACUAUGAGGAAGACCGAAGCCGGACCAAGAGGAGGCGGCAUCCCAUAUCUUAAAAACAUUACUGUAGAUUGGACGUGGUUUACAGCAAAAUUAUUGGAGUUUUUGCUGAUGGCAUUUCCAGCUUAAAGAUUGGCGGGUGUUUUUUGUGGAACAGAUGAUGAACUUUACGGUGUUACUUGAAAUGGAUAUUUAUGAGUGGGGUAAAUUGCAAGUUGGUCACUCACGUCACCUUUUCCAUUCAAAUUAGUAUAUUCCAUUCAUGAUCACUAAAAUUAGUUCAACAGUUCAAGUUUGUCUCUGUUAAUUUUCAUUGAUGUGGAAGUCAACUUUUAUAGUUGAAUGUUAAAUUAGUCACGUGACAAAUAAAGAAUAAUUUUAAAAAUAAUUU